AAUAUGCGAGUAAGAUACGAAGAACGUUGCACGUUGCAUUUAUUUGUACUUAUUUACAUAAAAUAAUAACAAAUGAUGGAAAUGCAAAUAUAAUAUGGCAAUUAUUAACAUAGGCUGGUACAGUAACGUAGUGCCUAUUUAUUGAUACCUAUGUGAAGUGUGUUUUUAAGUACAUACAAUUGAUUUUAAUAGGUGUGGAUAUUGUGAAUGUGAUAGAAAAUGGAAGUUAAAGUAUUCCAUAGUGCAUACUUUCGGCAGUAUGCUUGUGUAAUUUUAGCAACUCUAAACAUGAUCGGUGCUGGGAUGGACCUAACCUGGUCUUCGCCAGUAUUGGUCAAACUCCAGGACGCGAACAGCACCGUAGUCUCUCGACCAAUCACAGAAGAGGAAGGCUCGUGGAUAGUAUCUGCUAUGCUGGUACCGUAUUUCUUUUUAUAUUUCCUCUUCACUCCAAUGGUCGAUAGGAUUGGGAGGAAAUACUCAAUCAUUUUAUCUAUUAUACCAAGAACCCUUGCUUAUGUGGUAUUUAUAUUUGGUAGCAAAGUGUGGAUGGUAAUUAUGGGCAGGAUAUUGCAAGGUGCAGCUGAUUUCUUUACCUUAGGUGCUAUGCCUAUGUAUUUAACCGAAAUUGCCAGUAAAGAGAUUCGCGGCAGUGUGGCCAUGGGACUACAGUUGGCGACUGUCUCUGGCAUGGUCCUCAUGUACUCUGUUGGACCAUUCAUGAGUUAUGAGCACUUAAACGUCUUAGGAUUAGUGACUACUGUAGUUCUGAGUGUUCCUCUGUAUUUUCUGCCUGACAGUCCCAUCUUCUUGUACAAAAAAGGAAGAAAAGACGAGGCACUUAAGGCACUGAAAUUUUUCCAAGCAUCUGAUCAGAAAGCCAUGGAAGAGCUAAACCAAUAUGAAAAGUGUACGCCCAAAAGAAAAACGAAAAUAAAAACUUUACUUAAAAACAAAGUUAUACUGAAAACACUCGGCUUAGUAGCAGUUUACUGUACUCUUUUAGUGUUAACGGGACAUUCUGCUGUCAUGUACUAUCUACAGCCGAUACUAGUAGCUACAAAUACUAAUAUUUCAUCGGAAAUAGCGUCAGUAAUUAUAUCUGUAAUGCAAUUAGCAUCGUCGAUUGUAACCGCACUUGUCGUUGAUAAAUUUGGAAGAAGACCUAUUCUUAUAGUAACUGUUAUUGGAAUAUUCAUUGGGAAGAUAUCCUUAGGGACAUACUUCAAACUAUUAGAAACUGAAAAUCCAGUGCUGAAAUCUUUGAAUUGGAUGCCAAUCACAUCACUGGUGUUAGCUAUAUGCUCUUAUAGUGCAGGUUGUGGCUCUAUAUCCAUGUGGUACAUGUCCGAGUUGUUCGACGACCAAGGCAGAGCGUUGGGGAUGUCCUUUGUUAUGGGAAUAUCAGGACUGGGCGUGUUUCUAUCAUCCUUGUUCUUGGCCCCAUUGAUGAGAAUACUCGGUGCUUCGACCGUGUUUUGGGCUUGCUCAGUUUUCACACUUAUUUUGUGUGUUUUCGUGUAUUUUUGUAUGCCGGAAACGAAGAACCGUAGUUUCGAAGACAUUCAAAUAGAAUUGGGAAAGAAAUGUGAGGAUAUGCCAAAGGACAGUCAUAAUCCUUUAGCCUAAGAUUUUCUUGGUAUUACAGAAUUUAUAUAAUCAAAGGCGAAUACAAGUAACACUAUUAGACUCACGAGAAAAGAAAAAGUUCCAAACAUUUUGGUGUCGACAUUUUGAAACUGGAACUUUUUCUUUGCUCGUGAGUAUAAUUAUGUAAUCUGAGGAAGAUAUCAUGUGUGAUUAUAAAUCUAUAAACAGCUUCGUAGGUAUAGCUAUAUUAUUAUUUACAAUUUAGGAUUUGUCUUAAAUGCUGUAAAUGCUAGACUUAAAGUUUUAUCCAUCUAUAUUUACAUGUACCUACUUGCUUGUGUAUGUGACCAUAACAAAAUACAUUAUUCUAUCUACAUUAUGAAGUAUUCGUCUCAAACUAUGCGCAAGUGAAGCCUACCGUGAAAUUCAAAAGCUUUCACAUUCAUACAGCUGUUGAUUACUGAAUCUUCAGGAGUUUGGGUUGACAACGAAUAUGUCUACGCCAUGGACGCAGGAGUGAGAAGCAACUAGUUUAGUAUUUUAAACGUAAAUUAUGUCAUUUGAUUUUGAUAGAUAUAAUUUUAACUUACAUCACAAUGAUAGAUAAGUGUAAUUUUUUACUGUUAUUGUUAAAUAUGAUUUAUUAAGUAUUUUUAUGAAUUCAUUAUGUUGUAGAUAUAUUACUAAACAAUAAUAUUGUAAAAAAUAAUUUAUAACCAAUAAAAAAUAUGUUGACAUCAA